AUGGAAGGGAAGAACACAAGUAAUACCCAAGAAUUGGAGGACGAUCCUCUCGGGCGAACACCAUUGCAAGUUGGCAUCGAAGUAACCAUUGCAGUUUUAAUAUGCAUCGCCUGCAUUGUUGGCAACUUCGUAGUUGUGGUCGCCAUUCAUAAAACUCCUCGUCUCAACACUAUCACUAAUAUGCUGGUCGAGAAUCUUGCGUGGACAGACAUUUCCAUGGCAACGCUGCACCUGCCAUUUUGGAUAGCUAGCAUGCGCAGUGGUUAUAGGUUAUUAGGUCCGGUGGCUUGCAAAUUUGUUGGCUUUUUCGAGCUAGUCUUUGGCACAGCAUCGCUUCAAACGAUGGCAGGAAUUGCAGUUAAUCGAUAUUUCAGCAUCGUGAAAAGAAAUUUGUAUGUAAAGUAUUUUUCAGACCGUAAAACAACGUAUGGGAUUAUUGUUUCCUCGUGGGUUUUUCCUCUCCUUGCAUGUAGUCCGCCUCUGUAUGGCUGGGGAACUAUAGAAUUUUGUGACAAAUUCACCGAUUGCACCAUGGGAUGGCACUUGAAGGAUAUCUCCUACAUUAUAUUUUUACUGACGGUAGCAAUUUUUAUAACAAUGAUCAUCAUAAUCUACUGCUAUUCCACCAUAUUCAGAUUUGUAAGACAAAGAUCCCGCCAGCUUCAAACUCACAACAAUUUAGGUGAUCAAGACUAUCAACAAAGGAAAGCAACAACGGAAAAAGAAAAUAAGAUAAUCAAAGUAUUCGUGGCUGUAGUUUGUUUGUACACUUUGUGCUGGACACCAGUUUGUGUUGUUGGUUUUUGUGAAUUGUUAGGCUAUACAGCCCCCCGUUUCGUUUAUAUUAUUGUUUAUUACAUGAUGUUUUCAAGCAGUUUUUGUAAUCCGAUAAUCUACGGUGCGUUCAAUCCACAGUUUAGGAUGGCUUUCAAACAAGUACAUGCUGCUCUGAAUACAUCAGAGGGUAAACCUUCAGGAAGGUCAAAUUCAGCCCAUGGGGAGUCCAGUGGGGGGGGUCUGGUCAGGGCGAGAGGAAGAACAAAUCUUGACAAGGUUCUUCCAAAAAUACAGCGAACUGAAACGAAACUUUAAGUCAGUCUAUUCUUCAUUAUUAA